AAUGUCAGUAUUGUAAAACCCAAAAACCAUUAAAAUUGCAGUUUUAGGUUAUGUAGAUUCACUACCACAAGUUUUGAAAUUUUGAGGUUUUUUCUUCUUCUGUGGAAAUUGUUUGUAGAAUAGAAAAAUAUUGGGCCCUUUCUUGUGUCAUUUACAUUUCUUUUGAGCCGAUGGUCAAUAGAAAUAGUCUUUGAUAGACCCACUUGUGGUUGUUGUAAAAAAUUUUGGGCCUGGAAAGCUUUUUUUUUUUUCAAUUUAAUGUUGGUGGAGAUACUUUUUUUUUUCCCAGAAAUGGACAAGAAAAAAGACGGGAGAUUUUUUGUUUUGGUGGAAUUGGUAAUGCUAUAAGUGUGAAAGUGAAUUUGAUGAAUAUGAUUUUUUUUUUUUUUGGUUUUAACUCGUUGUUUCGUCUUCUUCGUAUUAAAUUUAACGGUUACUAAAUAACAAAACCUCAUUAAUGUUUUUCUUGUCUGUUUCUGCAAAAUAUUCUUAUUCUUAUUCAUCCGUAUAUGUGUGGAUUAAUUUUGGUGUUUGCAAGGUUGAGUAACGCGUGUCAUCUUGUAUUCCUCCUUUUCUACAUUUUUAGUUAUCUGUUAUAGUUAUUUAUCCUUCUUUUUGUUUUGAGUUUCUUGUAAGUUUUGUUUUCUCUAAAUUCUCUGAUGAUAUUACUGGGUUUUGAUUGUAAUGGAGAAAAUGUCAUAAUUGCAAAGAAAUUGAAGAAUAGGGGGCAAAUUUUGUUUUUUCAUUUUCUUGUAAGUUCUGUUUUCUCCAAAUUCUAUAAUAAUAUUACUGGGUUUUGCUUUGAACGCUUAGAUUGCAAUGGAGGAAAUGAAAAUGUCAUAACUGCGAAGAAAUCGAAGAAAAGGAAGCGAACUUGAGUGUUGCUGGUGAAGUGUAAUCUAGUAUGAACAACAUUGAUGAGAUGAAUCCCAAUGUUUCUGUUGGGAAGAGGUUUAAGUUUCCCAAAAAGUUUUUUGAUGAGUGUAAUGGAGUUGAUCAUGCUUCUGUUCCUCGGAAACUUCGUUCAGCUGUCAAGAAGAGAACUUGCCAGUCCAUCUCUCCGCCUUUGCCAAAUUUCAAAAAGAUGAAUCACAUGUCAGAUGGAGCUGAAACAUUAAGGAAAUAUGUCAACAAGUCCAAGCUUAAUCUGACUCAUUGUGGCUCGAGUCGGUGUAUAAAGGAGCUUGAGGACCCAAUCACCAAAGAUGAAGAAGAAGUGGCUGAAACUUUGUAUGCUUUGGCUGGUAUGAUCCCAGACACUGAAACCUUGAGUGAAAGCAAAAUAAAUUGUCAACUGCCGGAAGUGAAAUCUUUGGACUUACCAGAACCAGAGACUUCUGUGAUUGCAAGUGGAGUUGUAAGGGAAGAGCAGUUUCCAGAUUUAGCUGUUUCUGCUGGAGAAGCUGCCAAAUCAAAAUCAUUUGGGGAUGCUUCCCGGUGUGAAACAUCCAUCAAAACAGAGCAUCCCAAAAUUUCACUGCGACCAGUUGUUGCUUCUGGAUAUCAAGCCAACCAACAAAACACGCACAAGGAGAAGAGGAAUAAUGGUUCAUUGUUGUGGCCGGGCUUGUCUGCAGUAGGGUCGUCUUGUUCCGACAUUCUUGGUUCUUCACAGCAGUUUCCGAUUGCCAAUUUUCCUGCUUGGUUUGGAAGCACUGGUUCUGAUCCUCAAGCUCAAAACACAGAAGCGUGUCUCCCAACCAUGAAGGAUUCUCAAGUCCCAAUUGAAUUGAGGAAGUCAUUUAAGAGGUGUGCUGCUCAUGUUUAUAUAAGUCGGUUGACUGAAGUCUUGCAGACUGCAGUGAGAGCCGACACAAUCUCAUCGCAUCCAUCUCAGUCUUCAUCUCCUGAUGGAUUGAAGCAAGGCACUCACAUAAUUCAGAACAGCUUAACUGGAAAGGUGAAUGAUAUGCAUGGGAUUGUUUCUACUGCUGAUAAGAAUCCAACUGAAGUUAGAAAUGCAAUCCUUUUGCACAAAAGACUCCUCCAAGAUCAGCAACAGGCUUCUACAACGUCCGGGUUCAAUUCCUUAGUAAAGCAGAAUGUAGAUUUCCUGUCAUUGUCAGCUGGAAGUUAUGUGAUGAAAGGCAAUAAUGGUGCUAAUAAACAUCCAGCCAUGCAUUUCUUGCCGCCCCAGAAUGGUUAUUCUUCUGCAUCUUUCCGUUGCCAUCCUGCAACGGCAACAGCUCAGCAGUUGCAGGUUCUGCUACCUCCAUAUCUUGAAGGUGCAGCAACUCGUCCUUCACUUGAAGCUACUAUGGUCUUACCAAGACAACCUUCACAGCAGAAUGAACUACGAAACGCUCAUUUCACUGCUCAGUACAAGUUCGGACUCUCUGCCUCACAAAUGCAAGACUGGCAAAAUGCACACGGACAAAUGCCUAUUUUUGGACCUUCUCAAGCUUCUUCUUCCUCCAUGGAAGCACUUUCUUCCAAGUAUGCUCCAGCCUUGUUGAACGAACAGGAGCUUAUGUCCAUUUCUACGUCACGUGCAAAUUCAAGAAUCAGAGGACAAUAUUACAGUUUCCCUUCUGGCUUGGAGGGAAACGGACUAUACCCCAAUAAUGUGCCUCCUUUGCAGCUUCUUUGCAAUGAUCGUCGUUGAUCAGAUAGGACCUCCUGCAAAUAAUAAUUAAUUUAUUCUUUUCUUUGCUUAUGCAUGAUUAGGUGUCCAUUCUGUUAAUGAAUAUAUCAAGAGGAGGAACAAAAGAAGGGAGGAUAUAGUAAAUUUCGGGUCCCUUGCUAGAUGCUUUGGCUUAGUAUAACAUCAUACCCUUAGAGGCUUACUUAUAAUGUUUCACUUUCAAUUAAUUGUAGAGGAACAACUUCGGAAUUGUUUGUUGGUUUCCGCCUGGAUGGAAGUUUAUUUGUGUAAGAAGAAGAAAGAGUCCAAAUUUACCUUCUA